AUGGUAUGUGUAUCAGUCAUCCUAAUGUCUUUGCUGGCGUUGGCUACUCGUUCAGAAGCAAUACAGGAAGUACGGACAAAUACCCACAUUGUAGAAGUACAGUGGACUUCAAUACCUAUGGAGCCACCUGAACAACGAGUGCUCAUCUGCAAUAUAUCUGAGGAGCAGAACACGUCAGUUUAUUGGACAAAAGACCAGAAAUGGCAAGGAAAUGGCAUGCAUUUGGAAAUAACAGUCAGGGAACCCCCGGAAGCUGGCACUUAUAAUUGUUGGAGUAACACCACACAUAAGCUUUUAAGUUCCACUACCGUGUAUAUUAUGAAGAAAGAUAUGAAUGGGGAAACAGCUGAUGCAAUUCUCAGCAAAUUACCAGAAACAAAUGGCAGAAGCUACUUCAAAUGUAUGGCAAACAAUUACUCUGGGAAGUUCAAAUGUUUUUGGGAACCAGUUAAAGAGGAUUCAGAUUUGAAGUUUAAGGUCCAAACUGGAACUGAACAUCAACCUAAGUCCAAAGAGAGCACUUCGGGAAACAUUGUUUGUGAGGAGCCCGUGAAGAAUGAAGGAAUGUACUCAGUCUCCUGCAGUAAAGAACAUUUCUGCCCAGUGACUGAAGAGUACCACCCAACCGAGAUGGUCCUAGAAGUUUUCCAUGGAGUUGUAUACGAAAAACACACUGACAACUUCUUCUUCAAAGACAUCGUAAAGCCUGACAUUUCAAAGUGCCAGAUUGACAAAAAUGGCUAUUUGACGUUGAUGCCUCCCCCAAAUUGGAGCACCCCAGCUUCUUAUUUUGUACUGACGUACCAGAUCAAAGUUUCUCGAUGCAAGAGCACACUGAGGAAGCCUCAGGUCUUUGAUGUUGAUCGUGCUAUAUUACUUCAAAAUGGAAGUACCCUGAAGUGCUCUUAUCCACAGUGCAGCUCUGACCGGUACUGCUGCUUUAUUCGAUCGAGGGACCUCUAUUACAAACAUUCUCUUUGGAGUGACUGGUCUGAGGUUUGCAGCUAUGAUUUACAAGACUUGGAUGAAAGGGCUUGA